AUGUUAAGACAUUUUGUUAAAACAAAAAAUGAACAUUCAUCAACAAAAUCAGAAAAAUUGGAACAAGAUGCGUCUAUGCAUAAACAUAAAAGAAAAAAAAGAACUGCUUCAAAAUCAAGACAGAGUCAUAAAGAACCAGAAUAUUUAAUAAUAUCAUCUGAUGAAGAGGAAAAAAGCAAAGAAAGAUCAUAUUCUAAAAAUAAUGCAUUUUCAAACGACAUGAAUAAUGAUUAUAGUAAUGAAAUGGAUAUCAUACUUGAGAAGAAAUCAAUAAUUACAAACAAUUCUAUUGCCGAUACAAUUUCCGAUUAUGCAGAAUGCACGAAAAUAGAAAAUAUUCCAGAUAACAUUAUGCAACCUCCAUAUACUUCUUUAUCAUGUAAAAUGGUAAGAAUAGGUUCUUAUAAAUAUAUUCCUCGGGAUAGAGUCUUAAUCUCGCAAAAUGAAAUAAAAUUUAGUGUACCUUUAUUGGAAGAUGUAACAUUAAAUAUUAACAUUCGAGAUAUAGUAAAAGUAUUAAUUCAUUUUGGUAAAUCAAUGUCAGUGUUUUUCUUUUAUACAUCUAUUAAUACUGGAGCUAUGAUUCGUAAAUUAUUAGGAAUGCAGGAUCCAAAAGGACCAUAUUAUGAUCCUGCUGGAAAAGAUCAUACACAUAAACGAAUAACUUUAGUAACAGAGAAAUUAUCAAAAGAAUCAAAAAUUACAUUAAAAACAUUGUUUAUGCAAAGAAACUUAUUAGAAGAAUUAAAUGCGAAAGAAGCACAUGAUAUUUUUGAAGAAUCAUCGCCGAAAAAAAAUGUACAAAUGAAAAACCUAUCGAAGACAAAAAUUGAAACACAAAUAACAGCUAAUUCAAAUAAUACUAAUAUACAAACAAUAAUUAUAUAUCCCUCACCACCUGCCAAAGGUGGUAUAGCUAUUAAUACUGAGGAUUAUUUAUGUCUUGGAGAGGAUCAAUUUUUAAAUGAUGUAAUUAUAGACUUCUAUCUAAAAUAUUUGACAUUGGAAGUUCUAUCAGAAUCUGAUCAACAGAGAACUCAUGUAUUUAGUUCGUAUUUUUAUAAGCGAUUGACAAGUCCACACACUCAAGCAGUUGAAAGCAAUGUACCUCUUACACCUGCUGCUAAGAGACAUGCAAGAGUUCAGAAGUGGACGAAAAAUGUCAAUAUAUUUGAAAAAGAUUUUAUUAUAAUUCCUAUAAAUGAACAUGCUCAUUGGUUUUUGGCUAUUAUUUGUUUUCCCGGAUUAGUAGGUAAAGAUUUUGCACAAAAUAAACGAUCUAAUGAAAAUGAUAUUCGUAAAAUUGUACAAAAAAGUAAAAAAUUAAAAAAACUAAAACUUCAAACUGUUACUAUUGGAAGUACAACUCUUAAACCAGUGACGACUACUGUAACUAUAGAUCAGGAUGAUGAUGGUUUAAAAAGGGAUAAAGCUGAAAGUGAUAAUAGAGAAGUGGAAAUAAUUAGCAAAGAUGACGAUGAAUUAGAAAUAAUAGAAAAUAAAAAUUUAUCGCCAAAAAUGAAACAAAAUGUACUACAGGAAAAAAAUAUUGUAAAAAUACCCUGCAUAUUAAUAUUUGACUCUCUUGCUGGAACAAGUAGAAUACAUGUAGUAAAUACAUUAAGAGAUUAUUUGAGUUGUGAGUAUGUAGCAAAAAUGGGAUGUGAAAAAGUAUUUUCAAAAGAUACUAUUAAAGGAGUAUCGUUAGAAGUUCCUCAGCAAUCAAAUUUCACUGAUUGUGGAUUAUAUAUAUUACAAUAUGUAGAGAGCUUCUUUAAGAAUCCCAUUAAAGAUUAUACUUUACCGAUAAAUACAUUGAAAAAUUGGUUUGAGGAAAUAGUAGUAACAAGAAAAAGAGAAGAAUUAUCAAAAUUAUUAAUUAAAUUGAUGAAUGCAAGAAAAGGAAAUAAAAAUAUAACAAUACCUGUUAUAAAUUUUCCUACUCAAGAUGGUAAACUGAAAAUUAAGAGUCAUGUUGAUGCAAAAUCUGUAAAAACUAAUGUUGAAGAUAAAAAAAACUACUUAAAUCGAGAAAAUUGUAAUAAUAAUAAUAUAUCAAAUUAAAGUACUAAAUCAAUUAUUGAAAUGGUAAAUAAAACUACAAAUCAAAUUGCAUGCAUUGCAUAUUUGUUCAUCUGAAAAUAAUUUGAUAUAAAUAAAUUGAUUGAUUUUAAAAUUC